GACGGAGAGGGUCCCUAAUCCUCCCGGACGCUGAAGAGGCGGACUCGAUUAAUAGUCGCGCUCGCGAGAGAAACAACGUCGUCCACGAUCAUAGCUCGAGAUGACUUCCGCAGUGCUCUGAGCGGAACUCCUGGAACGGUGUCCUUCGAUGGACGAUCGUGCGCACCUGAAGAUCUACGGCAUUGGCUCUCCGCAAGUCUUCGAGUAAGAUGGUUAGUUCGGGUAGUCAAGCGGUCAUGUAAACGUCUUGUCGUGUCCUGGUGCCGUCGUGUGGUCCAAUCAUCGUAUGGUCCAACCGCUAAUAUACUUCCAGUGAAUUUUCGCGGGAUUUAGAAAUCUUUUCUCUCCCAGAAUGAGACCAAGCGCGAUCGUUCUGUUGCUUCUGCUGUGUGCUCAGUUUCUUACUUCGGAAUCGAAGCUUCGGCAACAAGCAGCCGUCGAUGACGAUGAUGACGAUGACGAUGAAUGGGAUGAUGACGACGAUGAUGACGAUGAUGACGGAGGCUAUAAGCCCGAGGUCGACGACGAUGGUCGAAUCUACAAGAAUCCGCGAAAUUCACCCUCUGCUAUGUGUCCGAGAGACGAGGAGCAGGCGGAGCUGAUGGGACAGAAGUGUUUGCGAAAGUGCUCGACCGACGAGGAUUGCAAGAGUAAGAAGAAGAAAUGCAGAUGCGAUGGAGCCUGCGGCAUGUCGUGCAUCAAGCCCGAACGUGAAUGCCCAGUGUUGACUGAAAUUGAUCACGGGGUGAUGACAGUUACCGGAAGAUUUUUUGCGGAUAGAGCUCAUUACGCCUGCGACACCGAUUACUUUAUAGUUGGCCUGUCGGAGAGAACGUGUCGCGGCGAUGGUCAUUGGACCGGGACUAAUCCGUCCUGCAAGAAAGAUUCCAACUCUUUCUGCUCCCAGCCGCCAAAGAUCCCGAACGCGCGCAAUAACGCUCCGUUAGAGCAAACGACCUUCGAUCUCGACAGUAGUGUGCAAUAUUUCUGUAAUCAUGGAUACGUAGCGACGGGGGCGAAGAAGGCGAAAUGUCUACUGAUGGAAGGUGCUGCUAGAUGGUACGGGCCAGAUAUCACUUGCAAGCCUCAAAGCUGCAAUUUACCCCCGGAUAUUCCCAACGGAUGGCACUCUGGAGAGUGUUAUACGUACGAUUGUCGCGUGUCGUAUCAUUGCAUGGAGGGUUACGAAUUAGUUGGUAAAACGGAGAAACUGUGCCUGGCGGAUGGCACAUGGACCCCGAAGGAGUUACCGCAAUGCGUUCAAGUCACGUCUGUGCAAUGUCCGAAGCCAGAAAAUCCAGUCAACGGCAAGGCUGUCUACACCUCCUACGCAUAUAAUUCCAUUGUAUCGUACGAAUGCAAAUACGGGUUCACUGUAGUAGGUGCAGCAACUAGACGUUGUGGUGCUGACAGAAAGUGGACUGGAAAGACACCUACUUGCCAGGAAAUCAAUUGCGGUUUACCCGGCGUGUUAUAUAACGGUUGGAUCGAAAACAUUGAAGCCGGCACAGGUAUGGGCGCAAGCAUAAUUUUCCGCUGCAAGGAUCACAUGAAGCUGGAGGGCAAUACUUCCUCCGUUUGCCAGAAAGAUGGCAAAUGGCGUUAUCCUUUACCGCAGUGUUUAGCUCCAUGCGUUGUCCCGCAGAUCGAAAACGGUUACGUUGUUGUAGCCAGUCAUGAGAGAGAUCAUAUCAACAAUGUUACGGUGGUGGAACACGGCGAGAGACUUUUAGUUACCUGCAUUCAAAAUUAUGAAUUCGCCGCCAAUAGUACUCCAGUAUUAUGCAUCAACGGUACUUGGUCAAUAGUACCGAGCUGUUCGCCAGCUCGAUGCAAACAGAUGCCGAAGAGUCCGAAGAAUGGAAUGGUAAUAGCACCGAAGACGGAUCACGGUAUGAAGGCAGUCUUCAAGUGCAAGGAUGGCUUCGAAUUGGUCGGCGGAGGUCCUCUGAAUCUCUCUAAAUCUAUGGAAUGUCGUUAUGGCAACUGGAUCGGUGACAUACCGCACUGCGUCCAGCUCUUCUGCCCAUUUCCUGGCUUCAUCGAGCACGGCAAAGUCUUUCUGGUAGGCAACAUGGGAGUAUACGAUUACAGACCGUACGUCAAGAAGAUUGUCAACAACAAACAGAUUAUGUACGAUUGCGAUAAGGGUUACGUUCUGGAUGAAGGGCCAACCGGCGCAACUUGUAUAAGCGGUGCAUGGAGCCCUAAGGAAUUGCCAAAGUGUAUUCUUGGACAACAUCCUCGAAUCAGAUGGAGCAGACGACGUAGAUCAGUGGACAACGACAAUGUUACUCUGAAUUAUAACGUUACUGUAAAUUACAAAAAAUUCAUCGAUUUCUUCCGUAAAGUAGGCAAAAAACUUCUGCAUAUUGAGAUGAACAGAAACCGUGAACAUGCCAAACAUAAAACAGAUGCGAAACUAGCGUCUAGUCACCAGAAUAACACCAAUGCGUCCGAUUCGUCAACUUGGAAAGCACACGAAAGUCAUGGCAAUAAAUCCCGUUUGCGAGAGGAAAGAAUGAUCGAUUUUCUCAAGAUGGUGUAUAGAAAAUUACAGCGCAUGGACGCCAGACAAGCAAAUAACUCUAGCAACAACACCAUGCACGACCUAUUGAAUGCAAUGAGCAAGAAUUUCUUUCAUGUGGAUCUUGCGGAGUCGCGAAGAAACGGUAGCAAAGCCCGCUCGGAUUUCGAGAUACGUAAUCAGAGGGAGUUCAUCAAGUUGAAGAGGGAAUUUGAACGAAUCAUGAGGUUCUACAACAAGUCUAUACGCUGGAACGAGAAGCAGAAUCGAAAAGAUGCAAAGAGGAAAGGCCUGUCGCACGCCGAGAAGCGGAAGGACAAGAAGAAGCAUAGGAAGAAUUAUUACAAGGGCUUUUACGAGUUCGUCAACAGUUACGUAACUGAAAAGUUGUCGAUGUUAGAGGCGCGCAACGCGACCGAGGAAUUAAUAAAGAAGAUGAACAUCGACAAGUUUACCGUGAGGAACGGCACGACUUUCACGGUUGGUGAGAUGUAUGCAUUUUUCAAACAUAUCAUACAGGAUAGAUUGAACUCGACGGAGGAAAGCGUAACCGAAGAAUCUAGCACAGCAUCGGCGCCGAAGUUUACGUCUCACGGCAAUCAAUCAUCGACAAUCCCGAGUAAUGACGUUGCCGUGCUGGACAACGAGAUUCCGAGCAAAGACGGAGCCCCCAAGCACCGUAGCAAGCGGAUACGAAACGCGUCGGAGGAAGCUAGCGCUUCGCGUCAAAAGAGGAAGCUUCUAUCGGUGAAACCGAGCAGUGUAGACGAUCAAAAGGAUUCGAGGAAGUCGAAGCCCGAAGUCGAUGACGCCAAAUCAAAACAGUUCACUUUCGACGAGCUGCAGGCGCAACAGCAGAGCCGUUCGAAACGGUUUCUGCCACCUUCCGAGUUGGAUAAUCAAAUAUUUCUGAAGAAUUUGUAUCUCAACGCUUACGAGGACGAAUAUCGGGCGAACGUGAAGCGAUCUCUCGACCAGAUAAAUCGCACAACUGGCUGGGUCUCCUCGAGACGGCGCAAAGGCAACCUCGAUGCGUACGAAAUCAACUGAGGAAAUAAUGUGUUGUGAUAUUAACGGAAUUUACUAAGUUAUUUACCGAUAUCAAUCGAUUUUAGGUGAAGUAUACACUAUAAUAUAUAUUAUAUAUACGAUAGUUAUAAUCGUUGUCCCUCGUCGAUACGCACUGUAACGUGUAUCGCGCUUUUUUGAAAAAUAAAUCUUUUCCAUGCAAAUGUC